GGUCGUAUAAAACAUGCUUCAUUAGCUAAUUAUGAACUUCUGCAAUCUUUCUUUUUAUUUUCCUUGAAGCUGUAUAUUUCCACACACCAACUUUGAUUUUUCAAACUUGUAAAUAGCCUCUAUUUAAGACCAACCCGUCUUCUGCAUUUUUUAGGUGAACCGGUUUCUUUUUUCAAUCUAAUAAUAUUGAAUUCCAAGUUGGUAUUUUUUGAUAAAUUACAUUAAUUAUAUUCUUAUUGGCUGAUUGACUGUUUCUGAUACCAAACAACAGAAACAAAACUUAUUAUAAAAAAAGUCUACUGCUGAAUGGGCCUUUCUCUUUCACUGCUAAUUUCUGCUUGGAAUAAUAUAAUCUCUCUCAAGUUCUUUGGAACAACAGACACCAUUGAUAAGGUUAUUACAAAGGGUUCUGUAGAAGAAGAACAAGAAUAUCCAGGGCAAAUUAUGCUAGAAAGGUCACUGAGCUUCAAGAAUUGGGAUGAAGAAAAACCUGAAAAAGCUUCUGAUUCUAGAAAGUGUAAUAAAGUUCAUCAUCAAGAAACGAUUCGGAUAAAGAAACCGACAAUUAUAGUUCCUGAACCGUUUUUGUUCUUUUCUCCGAGACCACUGAGUGAGCUUGAUGCUGCUGCAACUACUGUUCAGAAAGUAUAUAAAAGUUACAGAACAAGAAGGAAUCUUGCUGAUUGUGCUGUUGUAGUUGAAGAACUCUGGUGGAAAGCUUUGGAUUUUGCUGCUCUGAGGAGAAGUUCAGUGUCAUUCUUUAACAUUGAGAAGCAUGAAACUGCUGUAUCAAAGUGGACUAGAGCUGCCACAAGAGCUGCUAAGGUUGGGAAGGGGUUGUCAAAGGAUGAGAAAGCUCAAAAAUUAGCAUUACAACACUGGCUUGAAGCUAUCGAUCCGCGGCAUAGAUAUGGACAUAAUUUACAUAUGUACUAUGAUAUUUGGUGUGAUAGCAAGAGCCCUCAGCCUUUCUUUUACUGGUUGGACAUUGGUGAUGGUAAAGAAAUAAACAUUGAGAGGUGUGCAAGAAAUGUUCUACAACGAGAUUGCAUCAAAUAUCUUGGACCAAAAGAAAGGGAAACAUAUGAAGUGAAAGUGGUGGAAGGGAAGCUAGUGUAUGGGGAGGACGGGAGUGUAGUGAAUACAAGUGAGGGGUCAAAAUGGAUAUUUGUGCUGAGUGCAUCAAGAAAAUUGUAUGUUGGUCAGAAAAAGAAGGGUGCUUUUCAACACUCUAGUUUCUUAUCUGGUGCUGCUACACUUGCUGCUGGCAGAUUGGUAGCUCAUGAUGGGAUUCUCCAGGCAAUAUGGCCAUAUAGUGGUCACUACCUUCCAACUGAGGACAAUUUUAAGGAGUUUAUCAGUUUUCUUGAAGAUCAUAAUGUGGACUUAACAAAUGUUAAGAAAUGUGCAGUAGAUGAUGAUGAUGCUUCAUAUAAGAUGGGUAGUGAAGAAUUAAACCAAGAAGAGAAAAGGACUGAAAAGGACACAAAAGUAGUUGAAGUAGUUGAAGAAGAAAAUAUAAAAGUUGAAGCAUUUGACAUGAGCAAGAGAUUGUCAUGUAAAUGGAGCAGUGGAGUGGGUCCAAGAAUUGGGUGUGUAAGAGACUACCCACAAGAGCUUCAAUUAAAGGCACUUGAGCAACUCAAUUUAUCACCUAGGGUUACUCUUCCUCCCAAUUUUGGAUCCUCUCUUCCAAUUCAUUCACCAAGGCCCAGCCCAAAGAUAAGAGUCUCGCCUAGGCUUGCUUAUAUGGGCCUCCCUAGCCCAAGAGUUUCUGUCACUUCUGCCUAAGUUGGAUCUUUCUUGUUGAAAUGUGGAUAUAUAACCUUUUUUUCACUAGAAGGUAACAUAAAAAGUUGACUCUUCUUAUUUUAUUUUUUUUGAAAUCUCUUGUUCUUUUUAUUGUAUUCUAUUUGAUUGUUCUAGUUUUUUUUUACUCUCAAGUAUAUUGAAUAAAAGUUUUACUUUUGUAGUA